AUGGAUCAGAUGGAUGAAUCCCUGAAGAAACAAAUUGCAGCAUUGUUGAGAAUUAUACAUGUGACAAGAUGCUCCAAAGAGGACAAUGUUCCAUGCCAAAUUGAAGAGGGUCUCUUCUUGGGUUCUAUUGGAGCUGCUAAUAACAAGGAGGAACUAAAAAACUUAAACAUCACACACAUUUUGACUGUGGCUAAUUCAUUCGAACCUUCAUAUCCAAAUGAUUUUGUGUAUAAGAUUAUAAAUGUUGCGGACAGAGUAUCAACAGAUUUAAAGCAGCACUUUGAUGAGUGUAUUGAUUAUAUUGAUGAAGCUAAAAGAUCUGGUGGUGGUGUGUUGGUUCAUUGCUUUGUGGGAAGAUCCAGAAGUGUGACUAUUGUUGUUGCAUAUCUGAUGAAAAAGCAUGGCAUGAACCUAUCUCAAGCUCUUGAGCAUGUGAAGAGCAGACGACCUCAGGCAGCUCCAAAUUCUGGUUUCAUAUCACAACUGCAGAGCUUUGAAAGAUGUAUGACUAGAGCCUGA